AUGGGAGCAGAACGUAAGCCUUCUGCAACAAGCGAAGGAUUUGAUGAAUGUGAAGCUGACUCGCAUGUUUCAGUUAAUGCAGAAGAAGUUCAUGAUGCUGUUCUUCAUGAUUAUGUACCAAUUGUGUCAUCUUACAACAGUCGUAUCAGACCUCUUCUUGAUGCAGUGGACCGGCUGAGGCAACUUCAGGUCAUGAAAGAAGGCAUACAACUCCCUACCAUCGUUGUUGUUGGCGAUCAAUCUUCAGGCAAAUCUAGCGUUCUUGAAUCGCUAGCCGGUAUCAAUCUUCCUCGUGGUGUCGGCAUUUGCACUAGAGUUCCUCUCAUUAUGAGGCUCAAACACCACCCUUCUCUUGUACCAGAGAUUUUCUUGCAGUACAAUGACAAGACAGUGCCUACUGAUGAAGCCCAUAUCGCUGAUGCUAUAAAUCUUGCCACUGAUGAGAUUGCAGGCGAUGGUAAGGGCAUAUCUAAGGCUGAACUAACUCUCGUGGUGAAAAAGAAUGGUGUUCCUGAUCUUACACUUGUUGAUCUCCCUGGAAUCACUAGAGUUCCUGUUUAUGGCCAACCUGCAAAUAUCUAUGAGCAGAUAGCAGAUAUUAUAAUGAAGUAUAUAACUCCUGAUGAGAGUGUGAUCCUCAAUGUUUUAUCUGCAACUGCUGAUUUUUCCACAUGUGAAUCCAUAAUGAUGUCACAGAAAGUCGACAAGAAUGGUGAGAGGACUCUUGGUGUGGUUACAAAGGUUGAUAAAGAACCUGAAGGAUUACUUGAGAAGGUCACUAGAAAUGAUGUGAAUAUAGGCCUUGGUUAUGUGUGUGUUAGAAAUCGUGUUGGUGAUGGGUCUUUUGAGGAUGCAAGGAAGGAAGAAGCUGCACUGUUUGCAACACAUCCACUUUUGUCAAGGAUUGAUAAAUCUACAGUGGGUAUUCCAGUUUUGGCUCAAAAACUGGUGCAAAUUCAGGCUAAUAUUAUAGCCAAGUGUUUGCCUGAUAUUAUCAGAAAGAUUCACGAGAAGUUGAAAGCAAGUGCUGCAGAGCUGAAUAGGAUGCCUAAGAGGUUGUCGUCAGUUGCUGAGGCCAUGGAAGCUUUCAUGUCCAUUAUUGGAUCUUCCAAGGAGUCUUUGAGGAAAAUCCUUAUAAGAGGGGAAUAUGAUGAGUACGCAGAUGACAAAAAUAUGCACUGCACUGCUAGAUUGGUUGAAAUGCUCGAUCAAUACUCAACUGAACUUCGCGAUGGCUCUAAAAGUGGCUGUAAAAAGAACUUCUUGAUGGAUGAGAUUGAGGUCUUGGAGGAUACAAAAGGGAUUGAACUUCCCAAUUUCCUAGCUCACACUGCCUUCCUUGCCAUCCUGCAGCAGAAGGUUGAGGGAAUAUCAAAGGUACCGAGUGGGUUUGUUGAAAAAGUAUGGACUUACAUUGAAGGCGUGGUCAUUUCUGUUUUGAAUCAUCACUCGGAGAGCUAUCUCCAACUUCAGUUAUCUACCAGAAGAGCAGGCCAUAAACUUAUGUCUAAAAUGAAAGAGCAGUCCAUUGGUUGGGUAAGAGAGAUUGUCCAGAUGGAGAAGGAAACCGAUUACACUUGUAAUCCAGAAUAUACGAAGCAAUGGAACCAGCUCAUGGCACAGCAGCAUACAGUCAUUGAUAACGUCUCGAAAUAUUCUACUUCCGAGGUGGUGAUUGACGGCUCUACAGAGGUUUUAGCUGAAGGUCUUUGGAAUUAUAAGCAUGUUCUGCCUCAAGCUUUUGACUUGAAGAUGAGGGUGCUUGCUUACUGGAAGAUUGUCUUGAUGAGGUUGGUUGACAACAUGGCUCUGCAUCUGCAGCACAGCAUCCGAAACUUGGUGAACAAGGAGAUGGACAAGGUCAUUGUUAAUGAGUUGUUAGGCACCGGUGGUGGUGGUGCAAUAGAAAAAAUGUUGGAGGAACCCCCAUCUGUGGCUAACAAGCGUGAGAAGCUGAGAACAAGUAUCAAGUUGUUGAAAGAGUCUAAAGAGGUCCUGGCAAAUAUCAUGGACGAAAUUGCAACUGGUGGUUAUUAG